AAGUGAAAGAAACAAGAGGCGAUCCGUAAGUUACGACGUUCUUCAACGCAGCACGUUCCUUCUUCUCUCUUCUUCUCUUCUUUCUCUUUCUCUCUCUCUGUAACUAUAACUACCAAUCAUUCUCAACAAUUUUUUCCAAAUGCUCGUCUUUUCAACUUCCAUCUCUAUGGUUUUAGCUGAUUGCUCACUUGAUGGGAAAUUCUUGAUCAAAUAAUAUUCUUAGUUGUUGUUAUUGAAUUCAUUCAGAUGAAGACUGGCUCCAUGAUUUUUUCCUUUUUGCAAGUACCUAGAUGCAGAAUACACACCUUAGCUAAUAAUUGGGGUGAAACCUUCCACAGCUUCGGUAACAUUUGUCAAAACAAUCAUAGUGUAAGGUUGUUUGGUUCUAGAAUUUAUGGACUUCAGGGAGGCCACAGAAAAAAAUGGACUCGAAGACCAUUAACUACAAAUACAGAAAGUUACGCAGACACCAAAUCAAGAAGCACCAAGCAAGAAGUUUUGAGCGAAACAGUUUCAACUAGCUCUACAAUAAAUGUAAAUAAAACACAGCUAGGUCAAUUUCAGGAAAUUCAACAAUGUAACAUUCAACAGGAGAUAGCUCAGAAUAAAGACUUGUCUAGCUUAGUCACUGUUAUUGUUUUUGAUAUUGAGACCACCGGGCUUCACCGAGAGAAAGAAAGAAUCAUUGAGAUCGCGCUUCGAGAUCUUCAGGGUGGUCCGAACAGCACUUUCCAAACUCUUGUAAAUCCUCAAUGCUGUGUUGAAAACUCAAGAAUCCAUGGCAUUACUACAAAAAUGGUGAACGAGCCCGGUGUUCCGAGAAUGGAAGAUCUGGCCCCUAUAUUAUUACGCUACGUUCAAAGCCGUGAGAAACCUGGGGGAUAUGUGUUAUGGGUUGCUCAUAAUGCUCGUACUUUUGAUGUACCAUUCAUCAUUAACGAGUUACGUCGAUGUUCUACACCGAUUCCUCCGAAUUGGCUGUUUCUGGAUAGUCUUUCUAUAGCACGUCAACUAAAGCCUAAAGGAACAAAACUUCCUUCAGUAUCCCUUGAUGCCCUUAGCAAGUUCUAUGAAAUUAAAGUUGAUGGCUCCGCCCAUAGAGCCAUGGUAGAUGUGAACACAUUAUCCAUGAUUCUUCCCAAGUUGACCCGUGAUUUGAAAUUGACCCUGUCCGCCCUUGUCGAAAGAUCGUUCAGAGAAGUUGAUAUGAAGAAGAAGAAUUCAAAAUAGUUUUCUGAUGGUAUUUUACAUUGAUAUGUGACAAUAAAAUUAUUUGUAACCAAGAAUUGAACUCAAUAUUUGAAGAAGAAAAUGAACACUUUUAUUCUCAAUAGAACUAUCAUUGCCCUGUA